CAGGGAGAACCAGGCGACGCAAACGGUCUCCAGCACAAAGAUGUUGAAGCAUCUCUGAGAACACUCACCCUGCAGAAAAAAAAACAAAAAAAAAAACAAAGACAUAAAUGAUGCAACAAUGUUGAAAAGUCAAAUAGAAGACGUGAUGGGGAGCCAGUAAUUAGACACCGUCUUUUGGGUGGCUUUAAAGUGACGGUGAGUGGUUUGGUUUGUUUGAUCACACAACAACAAAAAGGUGAGUCUCUCUGCUUUCACAGACAAAAAGGCGCUGAAAGAUUCACUAUAUGGAAAAAAAAAACCACCGGGCUUUGAUUUUCUCAUUGAACAAAUCUUACGCAUAAAUCACAUCUGAGUGGUCGUCCAGUAAAAGCUGUUGGCGAUGAUGAAACUGGAGGAAAGGAGGCUCUGCUAUGAUUCUAGAAAGUACUCUGCUCCUUUCUUUUCAUCUCUUGAUGAUUUUCUGCCCCCAAGUCUGCAAGGGCGAGACUCAUAAAUAUUUGAAAAUGUGAUUAUAUGAAAUUACUUGGUUAUUAAGUCAAAGUCAGAAUUAAUUUCACUGUGAUUCUCCCUUUAUUCUACUGCAGGCUGUCUGGUUAUGACCCUGGUUUAACUGCUGGUGCGGCCGAGUCGUGUAGAUCAAACUGGUCCAAUAAUUCAAGCAAUACAAUUUGUCUGUACUAUGCAGUCCAACGAAAGCGAAAAUAAUUAUUUGAGUUACAUUCAAUGACUACCAAGGCAGAUUUAUUUAAUUGUUUAUUUUAAUAAUUAACUAUUUUCUUCAGUGAAAAGUAAUAGACAAUAUGUAAAUAACAAAUCUGAGAAUUUGCUUAAAGUCAUUUCAACAACAGUAUCAGGUUGGUAUCGUUAUCUUGACUGUAGAGUCUGGUCAGUGCAGCCCUACUCAAUAAUAAUAAUAAUAAUAAUGAAUUAAUAACUUGAACUAUAGUGAUCCCACACUAACUCUGGGAAUUGAACCUUGGACUAUCUGCACCUAGCUUCUACGGCAGGCGUGCUAACAGCUACACUAUGGAACCACGUAACUUAAAUCAGUCGCAGAGCUUCACAAUAUGUUCUGUGGGGAAAAGGAAAAAAAAAACAGUAGUAAAACACUGUUUCUAUCGAGUCUGUACAUUUGACUGAACUGCUUUGAAAACCACCUAAGGUCAUGACCCCAGAAUGUCAGGGCUCCUUCCAAACAACAGGAGAGUGGAGAGCGUCGAGAUGCUGUGUGGACAAUGACGUCUCACUGAGUCGUCUAAAAGACAGUCCGGUCGAUUUUGACUCUGGACGUCCUCAGCCCAAUCAUCGGGUUGAAGGGAGUGAAGCAGGUGAAGCGGCUGGAAGUUCCCGGAGACUCGCUCCAGUAAGAGGACCUGACAGGGACAAUCAACACCUCUGCCCUGGUUACAGAGGUCUGGCCACAGUUCUGCUUUCUGUGGACACUGAAAAGAACAACCUGUCUGCGGAGAUGACGAGAGCCUUUCACUGCGGUUCCACUCAAAGUGCUCUGACAUACUGUUUAAGAGCCUGCUGUGUGAACGGUGCAGAGGCAGACUGGAAAAGAAUCAUAAAAGCCAGAAAAGCACCAUGUUCACUUUCCUGUCCCUCUCUCUGUCUCCCCCUCUCUCUCUCAUCUUUCAGACCCUGCUGUAAUUUUUCCAUGACUCUGAAGGAAGAAGCAGAUUUAAGAGGAGCAGCUGGGCUGAUGAAAGUCACUACGAUCACUAAUAACCUCCAGCUUUUUGUCGGCACCAAUGAGCCUCUGAUGUGCCAAGAAUCAGCGAUGAUGAAAUUCGAAACACACAGGACUCUGACCCCGUCACGGUGUGAGGCAUGGAAACCAAAUGAAGCAAAAAGCAGCGGCUCGCCUCUGAUUCCUGAAGAGGUGUCGAUGAGAGCCCCUCAACAACAGGUGGACUUCAAAUGCAGCGCUGUCUGCCACACACACUCACGACCUUUGUCUUUCCACAUGACUGUGCUUGUGUGUGCGUGUCAACUUUGUCAACACAUCACUUUUAGCUUUGUUUUCUCCUGGGGGAAUUGCGCUAAUGUUACUGAACUGAAUUAUUACUUGACUCUGCUUCACCUCGUUUACUAUUUGCUGACGUCUAAAUGUGCAAAUAAUGUCCCUCCAUCCCAACCCACGCCUCACCUUUGACUGUGACGCUGCAUUCAGGACCCCUACCGUACACUUCUGCUUUAUGACCGAGCAGCAGUAAUGAAGUAAAUAGUAGACGACAGCACUUAACACAUGAACACGUUCCAAAAAUAAUGGACCAGAAUUUUAAAAGAAAAGCAAUUUUAAGUCAGUGUCUAGAGCAGGGCUGUCAAAUAUAUGGCCCACGGGCCAAAAAACAUUUAAUGAAUUUAUGAAGUAUGAAGAUUUAUCUUUUUUUUUAUCAACUUUUUUGCAUGAAAACAAAAGGGAAUAAGACGGACUUUUGUUGUUUAUAGUUAAUUAUGUUGAUCUAAUUCGAUUGUGUGCAGCCCCUGAACCAAAAUGAGUUUGAUAUUAAAUUAUGGUCAAAUUAUAUGUAAAUAAUAGGGAAAUUACAGAUCAGCAACCAUUUUUGAUCAGCCUUUUUCUGCUGUGUCAUCAUCACAUCUUGCAUCGUUUUACAUUGACAGAGAAGCCCGAUCCAUGUUAACUUUUCCCAGUGGGUUUACGUGUUAUGAUAAAUAACAGCAAUCUCCUUGACUUUUUCAAAAUUAUUCAACAAAUCAUCGGUGGGGGAAAUUCAAAUUAUCGUCAACGUGAUGGAUGGCACACUUGGUUUGACAUUAACUGCAGUGAGUCCAACUCACACAGGAGGAACCUCCUAAUUUAGAACACUCUCUCCACUUCUAAUUUGCGCACGUUUCUCUUUGGCGGCUUGAUAUGAUGAAUGGCUAUAGUGAAGUAGUAUUUUUAAGUAGCCGGGGUUGGUAUCAUAAUGGAUUGUUUGGGGGGUUGUGGUGCACGGUUGAAGUCAGUGAGAGGUUAGUCUGCAGCGGUAGAUUAAUGGGACACGGACACACUUCUCAAAGAUUCUUUUUAUGUGGACGAAGUAAGCAAUUCUGUGUGGUGAAUUUGACAAAUCACUCCAAAUGUUUAAUCUCCUAUUCAUUAGAGAGCGUGGACUGGGAUCUUUACAAUAGAGUUUUUUUCUUGUGCAUACGAGAAAAUGAAAGAAAAAAGGGAUCUCUCUGCCACGCAGUGCUUCUCGGAGCCACAUUGGUUGAGUUGCGUUGCUCAUUAGCGAAAAUGUUGUUUACCUUGUUUACUUACAGACCUUUAAGGGGGACAGGGGCAGAGAGGUUUCAGUUCCAGAUUUGGAAGCUUAUAUUUAACCCCCUUGCCUUCACUAAUAGAAGGUACAAAAAAAAAACUGCAGUGUGAAGUGCUUGGUCAGUAGGACUAGAAAUUAGCUCAGACCAUUUACUUCAUAAUCAAAGCACAGUCUAAAUCUGUUUAAAUACGUCACCUUCUAUUAUUUGAGUUGAUUGUGCACUCCUCCAUGCUGCCCUGCUCCCCAGGAGAAGCUCUUUCCCCUAAGCAAUCCCAUUACCUCUUUGAAGCACAUUCACCAUUUGCUUUUGUGUGAGAACCAAUAGUUUUUUGGGGUUUUUUUGUGGACGUUUAUUUUGCAAGAGUAGGAAAAAAACAUUUGCUGACUUGAGCCUGGGCUCUUUUGGUCCACAUGCUGAUGUACUGUACUGCAUGUAGAGCGAGACACUAACUGUACCUCAUGUUACCAGCGUGUGAAAGUGAAAUGAAAGAUAUUACGAUGCGACAGAAAUGCAAAUGCAACUGUAAUGAGUGUGUAAAUGAAUGGAGCGUAGGGUCAUCGAACCCAGAAAAUGACUGUUAUAAUUAGAGAUCCUUUAUCUCUAAUUAUGAAAAAACACUUUAAAAGUGAGUACUUCAGCAAAUGGUCAUUUAGAGAUAAUCUGUGCAGCUGUAUGUGGCGUAUACGUCUCUAUAAAUGCCAGUGUUAUCAUUAGCACAAAUGAAGGUUGUGAGUAAAAUCAACAAGUCGCUUCUUCCCACAACCUUACUGUUGUUUAUGUAGAUUAUGCUAGCUCUUUUAAUUCAAACUUUUUGGUGUCUCUUCACAUUAAAAGAUGACACUUACUUUUCCAUCACAAGGCGUAAUGGACGGUACAAUAAUGCAGGAAAAAACUGUGACAGAUUUCGCUCCCUUCUGUUCAGCACUCGUAUGUUUGAAACAAACCAUAAGUUUACGGUAAAGUUAGUCACUGUUUCUGUUCACGGCCCACAUGCUUUUGCAUAUAGAUGUUUAAACUAACCUUUGUGUUUAAGGACAUCAUUCUUUCAGAGGCAGUCCAUGGAAAAUGAACUGCAGCAUCAAGAAAAUCUGUGGGAUUUUUUUGGAAACUGAAGCUCCAAAAUCCAAGCUGCAGUUAUUCAAUAGUGUUUUUCCCCUCAUUGCUUUGUGUACAUGGUUAAUUAUAACACACACUGGAGAAUAUGUGUGUCAUUUCCCUGAAAGAGAAUGUACCAUAAGUCUGUGCUGCUGCUGCUGCUGCUGCGGUGGCUGCAGUGAGGAGAGCUACAGUCUUUCCAGUCGACAGAGGGGAAGCCUGCGCUCCCUGAGCUUCUGUCACAUCGAUUUACAAUACAGCACCAGAGAGGAGACUCACUAUGUGGGCUGCUGCAUUAACAUAAUAUGAAUUUGGCAGAGCAACUGUAAAGCAUACAUAUCCCCCAGGCUGUUGUGAUAAAAAAAAAGGCUGGGAUUCCUCAGCCAGCAUCAUAACGUAUGUGGAAUAAAACUUGUUUUCCUUGCUUUUCAU